GUCAGACAAAUAUUUGACCGAUUGGAUGUUGACGGAUCGGGAAAAAUAACCGAGAAUGAAAUUGACCAGCUUACAGAGGAAGGCGUUCCUUCUGCUAUGGUGGAACAUAUCAGGGGUUGGCUGAGGGCUAACGAUGUCAACAAAGAUGGCGAAUUUGACUUCAGGGAAUUUUUGGGCGCGGUGGCUUCACUGAAUAUCUAA